AUGGAAAUAAGUAUGGAAGAAAGAAUUGCCAUUAGGGAUUCAGCAAGACCUCUGAAGAAGUAUGGCAGUACUUCAAAUUACAACUGUAAACGCCAGGAUCAGUAUAUAAAACAUCAAGUUAAACAGUCAGACACACUACAAGGAUUGGCAUUAAAAUACGGUGUCACUACAGAAGAAAUUCGGAGAGCAAACCGACUAUGGGCUAAUGAUAGUAUUUUCCUGCGAGAAUCUCUUCUCAUACCCUGUUCAUCCCCCUCUACAUCUGCAUCCCCAUCACAGGAUUCAGGUUUAAAUUCUCCUUCAAAUGGUCAGUGUCCAUCAGAGAUCACCACCCCUAAGAAUGGAGAUGUCGAGAGGGAAGAUUCCUAUUCAGACUUUCUUGUGAAGAUUGACUGUGCUAUCGCAACCACUAAAACCCAAGUUAUUACUGCUCAGGGUAAUUCAGAGUUUAUUGAUGAUGAUUCAAUAUUUUGGAGACGUAAAGUACCAUCAUCGAGGACGAGAAGGGAUAGUGAGUGCAGUGGAUGCGAUGGCAACAGCAGCAGCAGUAGUGGUAGCCGGCCAAGCGAAGUAGUAGUAAUGACCCAAGGGAGGAAAGUAAGAGAUUCACUCCAGAGGUUGGAGAAGGAAAGGGAUGAAAUAUUCGAGCUUUAA